GAAAGAAAGAAAGAAAGAAAGAAAGAAAGAAAGAAAGAAAGAAAGAAAGAAAGAAAGAAAGAGAGUGAAUCCAGCUCUCCCCUCCCCGUGACGUGUCUCGGUGUGGACCCCGGGGGUGCUCCGCUCUCCGGUCCCGUCUCAGCAGAAACACUUCACCUGCUGCCUCCCGCGCGGACGCACCCCCGGCUCCGCUCUCCGCUCCAGCUCCACCCAGCAUCCUUCUCCGUCGCUUUUCUUGCCUUUUUUUUUUCUUUAUCCCCCCGCUGCUCCACGCAUCGGAGAACUGUUUCCACUCUGCGUUUUGAGCAAAGAGGAGACAGAAGAAGAGAGGAGCCCGCUGCUGAAUAAAGGAAGGAGAGGAGGAGAGAGAGAGAGGAGAAGAGGAGAAAGCGGUCGCUGUGGUCCCUCUCCUCCCUGAAGCUCCCCGCCGAGAAGAUGCUGAGGAUAGCCGGCGUGCUGGCUGUGGUGGCGCUGGGCUUGAGCUCGGCUCACACCAAAGUGAAUAAACACAAGCCCUGGAUAGAGACAUCGUAUCAUGGCGUGAUCACUGAAAACACCGACGUAGUUCUGCUGGAUCCUCCACUGGUUGCCCUGGAUAAAGAUGCCCCCAUCCCCUACGCAGGGGAGAUCUGUGCAUUCAACAUCCAUGGGCUGGAGGCUCCAUUUGAGGCAGUGGUGUUGAACGGAACGUCUGGCGAGGGUCAGCUGAGAGCACGAGGCCUGGUGGACUGUGAGUUACAGAAGGAAUACACCUUCAUCAUCCAAGCUCAUGACUGUGGCUCCGGCCCGGGGGGUACCGAGGGCAAGAAGUCCCACAAGGCUGUGGUACACAUUCAGGUCAAUGAUGUAAAUGAGUUUGCUCCAGUGUUUCGGGAGCCGCAGUACCGAGCUGCUGUGACAGAAGGAAAGAUUUACGACAGCAUUCUGCAAGUGGAGGCCACAGAUCAGGACUGUUCCCCACAGUACAGUCAGAUCUGUAACUACCAGAUCACCACCACCAACACCCCUUUUGCUAUCGAUCGAAAUGGUAACAUCAGGAACACAGAGAAGCUGAGCAACGACCACCAGCAGCAGUACGAGAUCCAGGUGACAGCCUGGGAUUGUGGCCAAAAGAGAGCCUUGCACAGCGUGCCUGUACACAUUGAUGUCAAGCCUGUCUGCAAACCUGGCUGGCAAGGUUGGAAUAAACGAGCGGACUACGAGCCAGGAACAGGCAGUAAACAGCUGUUUCCUCAGAUGCACCUGGAGACCUGCGGUGAACCUCUGUCCUCGGUGAGGACCACUGUGGAGCUGCAGACCAGCCACAUCGGGAAGGGCUGUGACCGGGAGACGUACUCUGAGAAAUCUCUGCAGAAACUUUGUGGAGCCACAUCUGGCAGCACUGACCUUCUUCCAGCCCCCAGCCCAACCACGAACUGGACGGCCUCUCUGGUGUCUGACAGCGGGAGGGACAGUGACUUGAUCUUCAGAUUUGAUGGUCGUCAGGCCGCUAAAAUCCCAGACAGGGUGGUUCCCCAAAAUCUAACAGACCAUUUCACCAUUGCAACGUGGAUGAAGCAUGGGCCCAGCCCCGGGCUCAGAGCCGAGAAGGAGACAUUACUUUGUAACUCGGAUAAAACCGAGAUGAAUCGACAUCACUAUUCGCUCUAUGUCCAUAAUUGCCGCCUGGUGUUCCUGCUGAGGAGAGACUUCACACAGGUGGACACCUUCAGGCCGGCAGAGUUCCACUGGAAACUGGAGCAGAUAUGUGAUAAGGAGUGGCAUUACUAUGUCAUCAAUGUGGAGUUCCCGGUGGUGACGCUCUACGUGGACGGAGUCACCUACGACCCCUACCUCGUGACGGAUGACUGGCCCAUCCACCCAUCACAGAUUGACAUGCAGCUCACAGUCGGUGCCUGCUGGCAAGGUGGGGAAGUCACGAAACCACGGUUCACUCAGUACUUUCGGGGAAGCCUAUCUGGACUGACCAUCCGACCAGGCAAGAUUGAGAGUCAGAAAGUCAUUUCCUGUCUGCAGGCCUGCAAAGAAGGGCUGGACAUUAACUCCCUUGAGAGCCUAGAUAAGAGUAUACAGUUCCACUUUAACCCAGCUCAGUCUAUCCUUGUCAUGGAGGGAGAGGACUUGGAAAACAUGAACACUGCUGUGAGGAAAGUUUCUUACAUAAACUCUCGCCAGUUUCCCACGCCAGGUGUCAGGCGACUGCAGAUUUCCACCACCGUCCAGUGUUUUGGUGAAGACACGUGUAUCACCAUCCCCUCCAUUGAUGCUGUGGUAAUGGUGCUGCAGCCCAGUGAGCCACGGAUCACCAUCACUGGAGUGGAGAGACUCAGCCGACCAGCCUCGGACUUCAGAACAGCAGGAGGCAUUUCUCUGUUUCAGGACCUUCACAUCAUCAGCACAGUCACCAGAGCAGACACCAUGGCUCGGCACACAGCAGGGGUUUUGGAGGAGAUCAUUCACAACUUGGACUACUGUGAUGUCCUGGUAUUGGGGGAGGAGCUGAACCCAGAACAAGAAUCUCUCCAGCUACAGCAGAUAUUUCUGAAGGGAAAGCACCUGGACACCACCAACUCCACCUCGGGCAUGUCCAUAUAUGGUGUUGACUCCAUGUCACACUACGAACAGGUGAUUCGACAGGUCCGUUACUACAACAGGCAGCCUGAACAGCUGACAGAAAGGAGGUUUCGCCUGACCUGCUCAGAGCUCAACGGGCGCUACACCAGCAAUGAGUUCAAUGUUGAGGUGAAUGUCUGGCAGAGUUCAGAAGCCGGGGAACAUAUCAGUCACAUGGUAGCCCUGCCUCAGUACAUGCAGGCGGUCCAUCAUCCAUCCAUGAUUAACGACUUGUACCCCAACCAUGUUUCAGGUGUACCAAGCACUGCCACUGUGGUAAUCGUAAUAUGUAUUGCCGCCCUGGUGGUUGUUGUGGUACUGGGCAUAUACCGCAUCCAUGUGACUCAUCAGCAGGAUGUGAAGUUGGCAGAGACAAAAAAAGAGACUGACGUGGACUGGGACACCUCAGCUCUGACAAUCACAGUCAACCCAAUGGAGAAUACGGAGGAACCACAGGCCACAGAGGAGGAGGCCAGCGAGGAAGAUGAGGAAGAGGAAGAAGAGGAGGAGGACGACGACGAAGAUGAUGAAGAGGAUACCAGCGCUGAGUCAGAUGACAGCGAAGAGGAAGUGGACGUACAGCUACCGAGGAUGCAACACUCGAGCAAAAAGGGUCAAAGCUGGGAGAACACAAGAUGUUACUGAAACACCUUUUCACACUGUCUUACUAUCUCUCUGUCUCUCACACACACAUUCACACACAUAUACACACACAUUCUCCAACACAUCAAUACUGAAAGCCCACACCAGACGGCUGAAAACAGAAAUAAAAGACUUUAUGCUCUAAAAGCAAACAUAUUAUCCCCCCUUACUGAAGAUUACAAACAGAUCAAAGUGAUUUAGCUUUGUAUGAAAACCUUUUGUUUUAUACCGAUGCUAAAAAAUAAUGUGAAUUGAAAUUUGCGCCCCAGUCAUCCCUCACCAAACCUCACUAAAUUUAGUCCAUCUUGAAAGGUGGGACAGAUUUCUUCCUCUGGACUGCAGCUGCAGGUUUUUUUGUUUGUUUGUUUGUUUGUUUGUUUGUUUGUUUGUUUGUUUGUUUGUUUGUUUGUUUGUUUGUUUGUUUGUUUGUUUGUUUGUUUGUUUUUGUAAAACCAAGUUAUAGGAAAUCCAGUGUUCAUCCAGUUCGAUGUGUGAAAUUCCAUUGUGAUGUCUCCAUUCCAGUCAGUUCAAAAGGCUUUUUAUUUAAAAAAAAAAGAGUUGCAUAAUUAAAAGAAAAUUUAACUAUUUUUGGUUUGUAUAUUUAUUAUUUAUCAGUCUUUUGCCAAUGUGGCAAAGCCAGGAGAUUUUACAGAAAAAAAAUUAUUUUCACUCGUACUCAAAAUAGAAAAAAAAGGGGGAAAAAGUAAGAAAAGAUGUCAUGUUGAACUGGCAGCAGGGUUUCAGUUCUGAGUUUUGGGGAUAGAAAGACGAGUCUCCUUGUACAUUUUUAUACUACGCCCCCUUCUUGUAAAUACUGAGUAUAGUGGGUGACAAACAACCCUCCUGAUCCCUCUUCCUUUUUCACUCCUGCCCCCCACAUGAAACGUCUCCCCUCCUGUUCCCCCAUACACCGCACUCAUCACCUGUACUUGUAAACAUACACACCUUGAACUCUCAGCCUGCAGGAGUCUUUUACCGAACCCAUACCCAAGUCCUGUUUGUGUGACGUUAGCUCUGUGAUCUGAUCAUUCCUGCAACUAUGGUUUGUUCGUGUGGAUAUGGCACUGUCUCGGGUGGCCAGUAAAAAAUUAAUAGGAAAAAUGUCAAGAGAAAUAAGUCCAAAAAAUGUAGAGAACUCCCAUUGGUUAAAAAAAUAAUUCCAGGUGAAUAAUGACUCUUUAAUAACUAAAUGAUUUAGUAAACCAAUCAUUUCCCAUGAUUAACUAAUUUAGGGAAACAUUCUGUUAAAAAAAACAGUUAAACUACAGUUUUACACGCAAAGAUUUCUAAAGUUCUUGAAGCACUUUUCAGGCUGGAUAAUAAUCCAACUGUCCACAACUUACAUGAGCCAUUAGAAUGUGGUUGGAUUGCAACAAAUGUGGAAAACUUCCUUUAACAUGAAAGCAAAACUUUUAUUACUUGCAAAAUUAUUAUUAUUAUUAUUGUAAAAAAGCUGUUUUCUGCCCUCCCUGGCACAACUUUCUGGAACAACGUCAGUAGGCAGCUACAAAGAUUAUUAAACAGUACCUCUAUAGCAAUCACAUCUAAACUUAGUUUUUUUUCAUAGUCUGGCCAGUCCUGCUUCAAAUUCUAGAGAUCAGGCUAUGUUGGUAGGCAUGUUGCUCCAUUCUGCGGAUACACUGUAACCACAUUCCCAUGCUCCACCCAUUUUUCUGCCAUCACAGUAAUUAACUACUAAGACCUCACUUAAAGUAGCUCAUUGAGUUUUUGAUUUGCACCUGAAGACCUUACCGAGACCCUGCAUAUCCAUCCAGAUUCUGGAUAAUCACAGUGGGUUCAUCAUCCAGCGUGAAAAAGGCUAUAAGUUUCACAUUUGGUUUUGUUUUUAGGUUAGGGGUCGGGGUAGGGGUAGGGGUAGGGUUAGUUAGUUGGAAACUACAAGGGCUUCUUUAUCUUAUCUUGGCUGGACAAACCAGCAUCUCUAAGAAAUUAUGGAUUCAGUAAUUCAAUAAAAAUGUUCUGGUCAAAUAGGGAAACUUUUGACUCUUUUAAAGAAAGUUCACUCUACAUUCUAUAUAAAAAUGUCCCAUAAUUUGAAAUUUUUAAAUAGAGAAAAUUGUAACUGAACAAAUUUGUGCUAGAGAUUAAAACAAAUUACGUUACUUAAACAUUUUUGCAAACACAUUGAUUUUAUUGACUGUAUGUGGCCUGAUCUCCAAGAGUCAAAAACUUAAAGUUGACAUUCGAAGCAUGAUUUCUACUAAUUAGUGGACUUUUUCCCUUUAAUAAGAUAGCCCUAAAAUUUAAAGUGAAGUUGAUUUUACCAGUGUCAGCAGCCCAGCCUCUAAACAAACUUUUGUAGAAUCCUCUCAUGUACAUCACUAUUUUAUUAAUCCACUUUUAAACAUUUACCUACAUUUUAAGGACUAUAUAAUCUGCCACAUGUGAUAAGUACUUUAUUUGUUAGGUCUGUGACUAAAACUCUAAAACUUAAUCCUUUAAGAACUGAUAAAAGCAACAGUAAAGGAUAUUAGGCUAGGGUGUUUUGUUACACUGAUAAAUUCCAGUUCAGUCUGCUGAACACAAACCCACCAAACUGAGACAUAACAACAAAAAAGAAUGAUUGGCAGUGUCACAUUUCACAUGAUCAGAAAGUUUCUUUAUUCACCUUAAAGUUAGAGGGCAUUACACUGACCAUGGUCAUCCCAAAUCUAAUCUGUCUCUGAUAUUUGAUAGCUGAAAAUCCACGAAUGCUGUUUUGUUCCUAGAUAACAGAGCUGUUCUGUUUUUACAGUCCGACACUGAUGAUUUAAAGUUUGUCCCAACAGCUGAAAAGUGUCCUCGUUUUGACCCAGUGAGCCUUUUCCCCAGCUGGAAGACUCUCCUGUAUGUGUUCUGUGGCUCUAUUGUACGUUCAUGUAAAGAUCUCAUUUGUUGUUUAACAGUUUUCCUCAUCUGCCGUGACACCUGGUCUUGUGAUGUCACCUCUCUCCAUUCCUCACUUGAAACCCUUUGGUGGAUUUUGCAUUGGCUCGAGCCCUAAUGUUGUCCCGACAUUUGUUUUAGAAGAGGACAGUGAAAUUAACAAUGAAACCUUGUAUAACGUGUACAUUUGAUUUUUUUUUCUUCUCUGGACUCUUUGGUCUGUUUUUCUUUUGAAUGGUCACUACAGCACUUUCUGUAAAUUGGCCAAUAAAAACUUGUUUUGGAAUCAA